AUGUCAUCCCCACCUUCCCUUCCAAUCUACCUCUUCACCUUCAACUGUGCCCGCCUCCUAAUCACCCCCUCCAUCCUAGCAACCCACCUCUUCUCCGCCCUCGACCCAUCCUCACCACCUCCCGAAAUAAUCGCCAUAGGUCUCCAAGAAUUCGCUCCGAUAUCCUAUAGCUUCCUACGUGGCGACUACCUCUCUCCUUACCUAGACCAAUGGAGUUCCGUGCCCCACCUCGCGGCUCAAUACCUGCAUUCCACCGGCACGACGAACCAGAACUUCCCGUUCGAGUAUGUAGAAUUAGGACGGUAUACGAUUGGUAUGACAGCGUUAUUUAUCUAUGCGAGAAGGAGUGAAAGGGUUAAGAAUCUACGGUUUGGAUCAGUGGGGUUUGGAGUCUGGGGGAUGGCGAAUAAGGGGGCUGUGGCGGCUAGGUUUGGGUAUUCUACUGGUGGUGGUGGUGGUGAAGAUGGAGAGGAAGAGGAAGAAAUCAAUGUCACCAUCGUAUCUACUCAUCUCUCGGCGCACGAACAUUGUUGUACAGAUCGUAAUAGGGAUUGGGAAACCCUUGCACGGGGUAUAAUCUUCGAAACGACGACUCAAACGGCACCAGUUAUUAACAUUACAUCUUCGGAAAGUACUCCUUUACUUUCUGAAAACAUUUCUACAACCACGGAUUCUUCUUCGUCACCAGUAUCGGGGAUAUACCACCCAAACAGCCAUCUCCUAGUCAUGGGUGAUCUGAACUACAGAACCUCGCAUACUUCCCCCACACCGGAAGAUUUCCAAUCCUUCCCGAAGAGAACAGAUCACUUUAAUGAGUUUUUCAAAAGGGAUCAGUUGACCCGUGAGUUAACCGCGGGUAAUACUCUACACGGGUUAGUAGAGGCACCUAUUACGUUUCCUCCAACGUAUAAGUACCUUGAAGACGUACUAUCCCUUCUAGAAGACGCAGAAGAAGGACUUGGUGGUGGUAGCAGUAGUAGUAGUACUCGAGGUGAUAAACGACGAAAACAAUCUCAAGAGGAUAUAUUCGACUGGUCUCCAAACCGUUGGCCGUCAUGGUGUGACCGUAUCCUCUGGUUACCCGCAAACCCCAGCUCACCAUCACUAUCGAAAGAAGAAGGAGGAGGAAACGAUAUCAAAGUCCACAGAUAUACCUCCAUCCCAGCGAUCAGGUUCUCAGACCACAAACCCGUAGGAUUACAUAUUUCCCUACCUAGGAUAAAAACUCCAAAGACGGUAAUCGGUGGCGAAGGGGAUAACAAUAAUAGAGAUCUUAGACUGAACCCUCCGUUCCCGCUGGAUAGAGAUUGGAAGGUGAAGAGGUAUAAUGCUGAGACUAGGGAGUGGAUUGUGGGGUAUGCUAUAUUGAUGGCUACGACGACGAAUGGGCUUACAAUUUUGGGAUGUAUGGCUUUGGGAGCUGGGGUGUUGUGGUUGGGGGUUACGGGGAGGGUUUAG